CCGCCGGCGCCGCUCCUCCUCCGUGUCAGUUGUUGGGCUGUAAUGGCGACUGGGCCGCCGCUGCCGAAGUGACUCCCGGGCGAGGGAGCGGGCCAGACCAGCGCCAGAGAGAACUGCAGAGAGCCGCAGCUCAGGGGGGGGCUUGCUGUGGGGGAGGGGAGGCAGCCCUUCCGCCUCUCCUUCCUUCCCUGUGGACCGGCGGAUCCCGGGAGCCGGUGCGAGGCGGGCGCCCGGUGCGUCCCCGGAGCGGGGAGGCCAGGCCAGGCAGCCCUGGGGCCGGUCGGGGCGGCGUCACUGCACCCUCCGCCAGGCCCCGCGGGAUGCACCGUGGGAGCCGAGGGCGGAGGCGACACUCUCAGGUAAAUUGGCAGGAUGAGGAGCAGCAAAUCAAAAGAGGUGCCUUUACUAAAUCCAAGGAACUCUCAAAGCAAGGAUACUGUUCAAGUAGACAUAACCACACCGUGGGAUGCACUUUCUCAGACCAAGGCUGCUCUGAGACAUAUUGAAAACAAAUUAGAAGUAGCCCCUUCAAGUACAGCUGUGUUUGAUUCUGUCAUGGAUGCCAAGAAAUCUUCUGCAAGUGCUACCAGAAAAAUUAGUAGAAAAGAAGGUAGAUACCUGGAUGAUUCUUGGGCCAUUGUUCCUACUUCCAAGUCUGCUAAAUCACGAAAAGAGAAAUCUCGUAGUCCUCUCAGAGCUACCACCCUAGAGAGUAAUGUGAAGAAAAAUAAUCGUGUGGAAUUUCGUGAACCUUUGGUUUCCUACAGGGAAAUCCUUGGUGCAUCUUCCAACUUAAGUCCCAGCCAUCUGGAGUCAAAGCAUGUAUAUUGUGUGGAUGUUAAUGAAGAAAAGGCUGAGAGUGGGAACCGGAUGGUACACAAUCAAGAACGGAAUAUACAUUGCUGUGAUUUUGAGAGCUCCCAAUCAUCUGUCAUCAGUGAUACAGUUGUAAGGUUUUUAAAUGAUCGACCAGCAGUUGAUACAUUGCAUAAUUCAGAAUGUUUGAUUAAGAUGGGAACUCCUAUGAGGAUUGAAGAAGAAAUGCCUAAUAGAGCAAAAGGAAAUGAGAACAGUUCAAAGCUUUCUGUGAAUAACAUGGGCCAUGAUGUUGAUCCAAAAAUGUUACGGCUAACUGACUCUUCUCCAUCCUCUGCUAGCACUUCUAGUUCCCAAAGGUUAGAUUUUUUAAAGCGGCGACAACAUGAUAUUAAACUGGAAAAACUCAAGGAACGGAUUAGGAAACAAUGGGAACACUCAGAAGAAAUAAGUGGCCGGGGCCAGAACCUGGGUCCUAUUGAUCAUCCAGUAAUGGUUGUUAAUGUUGAUAGCUCAGUGACAGCAAAAGUCAGGAAAGUGGCAACAGCACCCCCUGCUCCGACAUAUAAAGGUUUCAACCCUUCAGAGACCAAGAUUCGAACGCCUGAUGGGAAAGUAUGGCAAGAGGCUGAGUUUCAAAACAUGAGUAGAGAACUGUACCGUGAUUUAGCACUUCACUUUGCAGAUGAUAUCUCUAUAAAAGAGAAACCUGUUGACAAAAGUAAAGAGAAGAAAGGGGUUAAGCCAGUACGAAAAGUUCAAAAGGUAACACAGUUAUCAAGUCCAGAAUGCAAAACAGGUAAUAGUCGUGUGAUAAGUACAUCUUCUUGGCGAGAUGGACAAAAAUUAGUAAAGAAAAUUCUGGGACCUGUGCCCAGAAUAGAGCAGAAAGAGCCAAGAACAGCAUCCAGUGACAGAAAUGGAAGAGAAAGAACUACUAAAUCUGGGGGUCAUAUUGGAAGAGCAGAAUCUGAUCCCAGGUUGGAUGCUUCACAUAGACCUCUUCCACGAAGCUCAGAACGUUCAAGAAGUAGAGCUCGGUCUGAAAAUAAUAUAAAGAAGUUAGCUCCGUCUCUUCCAGAAAAUAAACAGGAGGAAAGUACUGCCUUAAAUAAGGACUUUUUACCUGUUGAAAUCCGUGGCAUUCUUGAUGACUUACAGCUAGAUUCUACAGCUCAGACCUCUAGGCCAGAAACUGGAGAGUUACAGAAUCAGAAGGCAUCAGCACCUGUCCAGGUUCCUCGGAGUCAUAGCCCAGUGAAAAGAAAACCUGACAAAAUAACAGCCAACGAAGAGCCCCCUGUUAUUUCCAAAAAGCGCCAUUAUGACACUGAUGAGGUACGACAGUACAUUGUUAAACAGCAGGAAGAAAGGAAGAGGAAGCAAAACGAAGAGAAGAAGGCUCAAAAGGAGGCUACUGAACAGAAGAAUAAACGAUUACAGGAACUCUACCGGAAACAGAAAGAAGCUUUUACUAAAGCAAAAAAUGUGCCUCCUGAUCCAUCAGCAGCUAGAAGGCUACAGGAAACUUACUCCAAAUUGCUACUAGAAAAGACCUUGCUGGAAGAGCCAGCUCAUCAACAUGUUACACAGGAAACUCAGGUCAGACCAGGGUAUCAGCCAUCUGGAGAAUCUGACAAAGAAAAUAAAGUACAGGAACGUCCCCCAAGUGCAUCUUCCAGUAGUGACAUGUCUCUAUCAGAACCCCCACAGCCCCUUGCAAGAAGAGACUUGAUAGAACCUACAUGGAUGCAGCCUGACAGAUUGAGCCCACGGAUUCAUAAUUCCCAGCCACAACCUCUUGUUGGAACAGCUGGAAAUUUACUUUCCCAUCUCUUAAAUCUAGAACAUGUAGGAAUUUUGCAUAAGGAUUUUGAGUCUAUUUUACCAGCCAGGAAGAAUCAUAACAUGACUUCAGGACCAUUAAGUUUUACACCUCAACCAUAUCUGACCUCACCAGCUGCUCAUCCAGAUGCCUUGUUAAAACCUAGUGCCAGCCAGUAUAAAAGUAAACUGGAUCGUAUUGAAGCUUUGAAAGCAACAGCUGCUUCUUUGUCUAGCAGGAUUGAAAGUGAAGCCAAGAAAUUGGCUGGGGCCAACAUUAAUUAUGGGUCAGUGUGGAACACUGAGUAUGAAGUGCAGCAAGCACCUCAAGAAGACGGACCUUGGACAAAGGCUCAAAGUCCACCUGUGAAAGAGGAUACCGAAGAUGUUUUUUCUGCCCGAAUUCAAAAGAUGCUGGGAACCUGUGUAUCUCAUACAACUUUUGAUGAUGAUCUUCCUGGUGUAGGCAACCUUAGUGAAUUUAAAAAGCUUCCUGAGAUGAUACGACCUCAGAGUGCCAUAUCAAGCUUCAGAAUAAGAUCCACUGAUCCCAAACCAGGAGGGCUGCUGGCACAGUUGUGUAAGAGGCAGACUGACUCUCCUAUCUCUGAUCUGCAAACCUGUUCUCAAGAAAAAGCCAAAAUGUCUCUUUGCUCCAGCACAGACUCAGUCAGUGAAGGGCCUCUUCUUAGUGAGGGUAGUUUUUCUGAAGAGGAGGGAGCCCGGGAUGGACGGCCCCUUUUAAARGUGGCAGAAAUCUUAAAAGAAAAGGAAUUUUGUGCUGGAGAAAGAAAUACUUAUGAACCCAUCAAAGAGUUUCAGAAGGAAGCUGAGAAAUUCUUGCCACUUUUGGGGCACAUAGGUAGUACACAAAGCAAAGGACCAUGGGAAGAAUUAGCAAAGGGAAGUCCACAUAGUGUCAUUAAUAUUUUUACCAAAUCAUAUCAGUUAUAUGGAAAAGGGUUUGAAGACAGAUUAGAUAGAGGAACAUCAGCAUCUCGGCCUUUGAAUAUCACUACAACCCCUCUAAGCAGUGUUUCUUAUGAAGAUGAUUUUGUUUCCUCUCCAGGGAGUGGGACUUUUACAGAAAAAAAAUCAUCUCUUGAGCCUAAUAUUGGUGGCAGCAAUAUAGGCACUCAGGAGGACCAUCGUAGCCGAAAGUCUGCCUAUGAUCUUUCCUCUGUGGAAGUUACUUCCCAGCAUUCAUCUGGAGCCCAGUCUGUUGCAUCAUCUCGUUCAUCUACUUCUUCUAAAGGAAAGAAAGGAAAAAAAGAAAAGAUGGAAUGGUUGGAUUCAUUCACUGGAAAUGUUCAAAACACACUUAUUGAUGAGGAAAAAGUACAUUCUAGUUCAGAACGUGGUUCCCAUCAAGGAAAGAAAUCUGGGACCAAUAGCAAACUCUCUGCUAAAGAUUAUGAGCAAACUAUUGACGUUGAUAGCACUUUGGAAGAACUUUCUGGGCAUUCUGUGAGUGUCUCAUCAGACAAGGGAAAAACUCCAAAAACUCCAACUUCUCCGCUAUCUCCAAGUUCCCAGAAAUUGUUACAGUUCGACCUUCCUGGGACUUCCUUAGAAAAAUCUAAGUCCUCAGUGAUAAUUCCCGCAAGUACAACAGGAUUUAAACCCAGUGCAUCUUUUACUGAUGUGAACCUGGCUGCUAGCAGAACAGCCCCAGAGAUGACUUCAACACCAGGUAAGUGGAUCCAUGCAGUUAUAAUUUUUAAAAUAAGAUAUUACAUAUUUUCUUGAAGAUUUCUUUUUUUGGGUGCACCAUCGGAAAAUAUUAGAGCUCUAUCUGAUGUGUGAGGGGUAAAAAUUUGUUCCCAGGAUUUUAGUACCUUAGGAUUAAUAUUUGACCAUUUCUUGAUUUUGAAGGCACAGCAGCAACGCCAUGAAAGAGAAUUGGCCCUUUUGAAACUGAAGGCUGAACAAGAAGCUCUGGAAUGUCAGAGACAAUUAGAAGAAACUCGAAACAAAGCAGCUCAGGUCCAUGCAGAAUCAUUACAGCAGGUGGUUAAAUCACAAAGGGAAGUAACGGAAGUCCUUCAGGAAGCAACUUGUAAAAUAGCAGCUCAGCAAACAGAGACUGCUCGCCUAACCACAGAUGCAGCUCGCCAGAUCUGUGAGAUGGCAGAAUUGACUCGAACUCAUAUCUCAGACGCCAUCACUGCUUCAGGAGCUCCUCUGCCAACGCUGUAUGAUCACCAGCAGCMACACCUUCCAGACUUCAUGAAACAAUUGAGGACCAGAGCUGAAACAGAUAGGAUAAGUCAAUCUUUUUCACUGUCUCAGAGUAAAGAAGAGACCCUUGACACAAAGCAUCAAAAGUAUUCCCCUUCAUUCGAUACUUACUCUGAGUCUUCAAGAUACAAGAAUCAUGAUCAAAGAAGUAGUAGCAGUAGCAGCCGUCAAGAAAGUCCUUCAGUUCUGUCUUUUAAGGAAAAUGAGAAGAAACUUUGUGGUGAAAAUAUGGAGAGUUCAAUUGAUGAACAGGUUCAGACUGCUGCAAAUGAUUCUUUACGAAGUGAUAGUGUUCCAUCUCUUCCUGAUGAGAAAGAUUCAACUUCUGUUGCAACAGAAUAUUCUCUGAAAUUUGAUGAAUCCAUGACGGAAGAUGAAAUAGAAGAAAAAUCUUUUCGAUCUUUACUACCUUCUGAGAGUCAUCGCAGAUUUAACAUGGAAAAGAAAAGAGGCCAUCAUGAUGACUCUGAUGAAGAAGCUUCCCCAGAUAAGACCACACUGUCUUCUGCCAAGGAGCUGAGCAUGCCAUUCUCAGGAGGACAAGAUAGCUUUUCUAAAUUUACUAUGGAGAUGGUUCGACAGUAUAUGAAGGAAGAGGAAAUGAGGGCAGCUCACCAAUCUUCACUUCUGCGUCUUCGUGAAAAGGCUUUGAAGGAGAAAACCAAAGCUGAAUUAGCUUGGCUAGAACAUCAAAAAAAACAUCUACGAGACAAGGGAGAGGAUGAUAAAAUGCCCCCACUCCGGAAAAAACAGCGUGGUUUGCUUUUAAGAUUGCAGCAAGAGAAGGCAGAAAUUAAACGUCUUCAAGAAGCCAACAAGGCAGCUCGAAAGGAAAGGCAGCUGAUCCUUAAGCAGCAGGAGGAGAUAGAAAGGAUCCGACAGACCACCAUAAAAUUGCAGGAGAAGUUGAAGUCUGCAGGGGAGAGUAAAUUGGACUCUCAUAGUGAUAAUGAUACAAAAAAUAAUAAGGCAACUAGUCCUGGACCAACUGAUUUGGAGACCCGUAGUCCUUCUCCCAUCUCAAUCUCCAGCAGUGAAACUAGCAGUAUCAUGCAGAAACUGAAGAAAAUGAGAAGCCGCAUGGAUGAGAAGUUUUUGACAAAGCGAGAGCAAAAACUAAUGCAGCGACGGCAACAUGCAGAGGAGCUCCUGGAGUGGAAGAGACGGUUAGAUGCAGAAGAAGCGGAAAUUCGUCAAAUGGAAAAGCAGGCUUUGGCUGCCUGGGACAAAGAAUUAACAAAGCCGAAAACUCCUAAGAAAGAACCAGAGGACCAGAGAACAGAUCAUAAAGAAAUAGCAAGCGAAGAGGAAUCUCCAAUACCUUCCUCCUCUCAUUUAAACAGUGAAAGCUCUAUUCCAGAAGAAUUGGGUAGCCCUGCUGUUAUAUACAUACCAUCUGAAUCUAUUGUACAAGAACAGCCAGGGAGUCCAGAUCACAGUAUACUUACUGAAGAAAUGGUUUUUUCACAGGAACUAGAAUCCUCUACUUCUCCUAGUAAACAUUCACCUCACAAAAGCUGCACAUCUGUGUCAAAACAGGAGUCUAGCAAAGGAAGUCAUAGGACUGGAGGAAUAUGUCGUCUGCCUGCCAAAUCCCAGCAACACUGUUAUAGUUGGUCAGAUGAGUCAUUAUCUAUGACACAGUCAGAAACUACAUCUGAUCAGAGUGACAUUGAAGGCAGAAUCAGAGCUCUAAAGGAUGAGCUGCGGAAAAGAAAAUCAGUUGUGGACCAGUUGAAGAAGGAACAGAAAAAAAGACAAAAGGAAAGACUGAAAGCCCAAGAAGCCAGUCUGAUCAAACAGUUAGAGUCAUAUGAUGAAUUUAUUAAGAAAACUGAAGCAGAGCUUAGCCGAGAUUUGGAAACAUCACCAACAGCCAAACCUCAGAUUAAAACGCUCUCCUCAGCUUCUGAAAAACCCAAGAUCAAGCCCCUCCCACUACACAGAUCUGAAACAGCAAAAAACUGGAAAUCACUAACAGAACCAGAACGUUCCAGAGGAUCCUUGGAAUCCAUUGCUGAACAUGUUGAUGCUUCAUUGUCAGGUUCUGAGAGAUCAGUAUCAGAAAAGUCUUUAUCUGCAUAUGCAAAGAGAAUGAUUGAAUUGGAUAGUCGAACUGAAGAACAUUUGCAGACCCCAUCUCUAAUUCUCAGAUCAUCAAGGAAAACCAGGGCAGAAUCUGGAGAUUCUUUAGAAAAUAUACUUUCAUUACCUCUGCUUAAGGAAUUAAAUGCCUCUAAUACAAUUCUUGAUGUGUUGGGUGCCAAGGUUGAAGAAUCUAAUCAAAAAUCAGAAAUAAAAGAAGUAGAAUAUGCAAAAUUGGAGGAGAGUGAGAUUGAAGGUGCCUAUUCAAAACUGUCUGGAAAAUCUGAUGUCCUGCUGAAACUAGAACUGAAACAGGAAGACUCAUCUGAAACUGUUUCAAAGAAAGAUUUUCCUUUAGAUUCUGCAAAUGUUCAGAAAGAUUUAGUUAGAUUAUCCAUUGAAAAUCUUCAUAAAAAAGAGGAAGUGUUAAAAGAGAGAAACUCAGAUCAAGAUAUGGAUCACAUUGCAGACAUGCAGUCAGGAGAAGACAUUCAUGAGCAAAAGAACAAAGAGGAAAAGAACUUGUCCUUGUCAGAACAUAAUUUUGCUCUAAAAGACUCGUCAUACUCUGAAGAUUUUGAAGUAUCUUCUUUCAAGAAAGAAAUUUCAGCUGAAUUGUACAAAGGUGACUCUGAAAUGUCAUCUUUGUUGUCACUCAGGAAAGACUCUCAGUCUUGCAGAGAUAAGUCACAGCCAACAAGGAGCUCUAAAAGUAGAGCCAGUGGCUUUGGUAGUGAUGAUGAAAUCAGUGAGUGCCUAAGUGGGAAAAGCCUUUCCAUUCAUAGCAAUGUUCAUUCUGAAAGACUGUUAGAACUUAAGUCCCCUACCGAGCUAAUGAAAAGUCAGGAACGCAGUGAUGUGAAACAUGAACAGGAGGUUACUGAAGCCCCUUCCUUGGCUUCAGUUUCUGUUGCAGAUGAGUUACUUGAUUUCCACAUUGGUGAUAGGGUGUUGAUUGGCAAUGUUCAACCAGGAACUCUUCGAUUCAAAGGUGAAACUAGUUUUGCUAAAGGAUUUUGGGCUGGAGUGGAGUUGGAUAAACCUGAAGGAAAUAACAAUGGAACAUAUGAUGGCAUUGUAUAUUUUGUAUGCAAAGAGAAACAUGGUAUUUUUGCUCCUCCUCAAAAAAUAUCUCACAUUCUAGAAAACUUUGAUGACUAUAUAGACAUAAAUGAAGAUGAAGACUCUUAUUCAGAUGAACAAUAUCAAAACUAUAGUCAAGAACAAAAAGACACAAAGAGUUCAAAAGAUAUAGAAAAAGAUGGAAUUGGAUGUUUUUAUGAGAAAUCUCUACCUAGUAUGCACAAUAUAGAAGCCUCAGUGAACAGAGAGAGAAGUCUUAAAGUAGAAACAGACCAUACACAGGACAUUUCUGGGGUACUUGAAGCCCAUGUUCAUCAGCAAACUUCAGCAGAUUCACUGAUUUCUUCAAAGGAAAACAAAGACCUUGUUUCUGAUGCCACAGGAAAGGUUUCCAUCACUGCAGAAGAUGAUACUUUAGAUAAUACCUUUUCUGAAGAAUUGAAUAAACAGCAGUUUACAGAAAAGGAAGAGAACCUAUAUUCCGAAGUUUCAGAGAAGCUUUCUACUCCACUUCUAGACCUUCUAACAAAAGAAAAAAACCAAUUAGAAGCCCAGCUGAAAUCAUCACUGAGUGAGGAAAAGAAGUCAAAGCAACAACUAGAAACAGUCAGCUUACUGACAGACAGUUUACUGAAAGACUUUGUGAAGGACACGGUCAGUCAGCUACAACAAAUCAAGAAAGCCAGAAAUGAGAAAAUUCAGCUGAGUAAUCGGGGGUUUCUUGAUGGUGACCAAAAGAAAGUAUUAUCCCAGGACCCGUCCCACAAUCUUGAGGAAGAGUCACCCAGUGUUCCAAAUUGCUUCUUAAGGUCUGAAUUAGAAGAUGAGAAAGAAGAGAUCUCCUCCCCAGAUAUGUGUCCCAGACCUGAGAGCCCAGUGUUUGGUGCCAGUGGGCAGGAAGAGCUCGCUAAGAGACUUGCUGAACUUGAGAUCAGUCGGGAGUUCCUGAGUGCUUUAGGGGAUGAUCAAGACUGGUUUGAUGAAGAUUUUGGAUUGAGCUCUUCUCAUAAGAUCCAAAAAAAUAAGACAGAAGAAACAAUUGUACCUUUAAUGGCAGAACCUAAAAGGCCACCCCAGAAGCCAUGUGAAAUAUUAUUGGCAGUCCCACAUACAGCAGAGGAAGUAGAAAUUCUUGUACAUGAUGCAGCAGAAGAACUUUGGAAAUGGAAAGAAUUAGGCCAUGACCUUCACAGCAUUAGUAUUCCUGCAAAACUGCUUGGCUGUGCCAAUAAGGGCCUGGAUCUAGAAAGCACUAGUAAAAGGGUCUAUAAACAGGCGGUUUUUGAUUUAACAAAAGAAAUUUUUGAGGAAAUAUUUGCUGAGGAUCCCAACUUGAAUCAACCUGUCUGGAUGAAGCCAUGUAGAAUCAACUCUAGUUAUUUCCGACGAGUGAAAAAUCCAAAUAACCUGAAGGAAAUCAAGAACUUCCUAACAACUGAAGUACUCAAGUUGUUUAGUCUCAAAAAGGAGCCAAACCACAAAACUGAUUGGCAGAAAAUGAUGAAAUUUGGAAGAAAGAAAAGAGACCGAGUGGAUCAUAUCCUGGUACAGGAGCUCCAUGAAGAGGAGGCACAGUGGGUGAACUAUGAUGAGGACGAGUUGUGUGUGAAGAUGCAGCUGGCCGAUGGGAUCUUUGAGACCUUGAUCAAAGAUACUAUUGAUGUUCUGAAUCAGAUCAGUGAAAAACAGGGGAGAAUGCUACUUGUGUGACAUCUUGCAAAUAAAUUGAACACUGAGUGCUAACAUGAGUCCUGGGCCUUUCUGCCUCCUGAUAGACACCCCAUCUCCAUCAUAGCAAGAUCGCUUCCGGACCUUGCACCUGUUCUUAUGGACUGCUGUUUUAGAACUCAUGAGACAAUGCAGUAUAUCUGRUAUUACAGCCUUUGCCUUUAGAGACUGUCCACUGGAUUACUUGGUUAUUUUUGAUGGGCAGGGUCACACUCCUGAUGUUGAGACACAGUAUAACCCUACACUUCUUGUUAACACCCUUCCUAGAUCUCAAAAGAGGGCUGAGAACACCAGAAGCACCUCUGAGCUUAGACAAGGGUGUCACUUCUUGAGUCUGAAGUCAGGCAAGCAAGAUACAUAGAUCAAUUCGUCACAUUAUUGUUGAAAUGUAAUCCUGUUCUAUACCAUGAAAGUCAUAAAUGGACAUUAUAGUAUUAAACAGUAUUAAACUCUUAACCACUUCUAAAAUAGGCAUGUUUAGGGUCUGCCUAUUUCACAUUCUGGAGUUUAUUCCAUUGCUUUUUGAAGACCAUUUUCUUCCAUUGUCGCAAUUGAGCAGCACCAAGCGGACUGUGAAGUUAACAGAAUAAAUGGUAGCCUUGCUUUCUGAGCACCACCUAAAGAACUGUAAACCUUUGCGUUACUUAUUUUUCCUGUCUGGGCAUGAAAACAGAAAUGCCCCACUGAAGACUGGCUCAAAGGACUUCUGCAGGGCUGGUUCCUCUGCCCCUUUUCUUACCCCUGCACUUUUCUUACUCGUCCUGAACCUCUACCAGCUGCUCCCAGWAUCAGAUACUCAGGACCAUCUCAGGCAUCCAGGCAUGGCAAAAGUGGAAAUAAUUCAUUUUGGCCUUCAAACUUUCAACUCCCAUCUCUCCCCAAGAAGUCAGAGACGCUGUUACUUGAAUGAUUUAGGAAAUGAGUGUGUGCACCAAAGACAAAAAGAUAUUGUCUGUAGUUUGUGUGCUUGUUUUGCUCUAUGGAACUUUUUUUUAAUUUAUUUUAAGAUAAAUUAUUAAGUUGAAAACGUGCGUCCCUAUUCAGAAGUGAAAGAUUCUUCUUGUAAUAGUUAAACCUCCGUCUUGAAGCUUCUAUGGUUCAUAGUCUUUGCACAGGAAACCUAUGGUUUUAACAAACCCAAACACACAUGGAAGAGGUCAGUUAAAUUCAGUGAAAAGAAGAUGAGCUUUCCUAAGAUCACCUUCAGUAGCCGGAAUGGGAUAAAUGAUUUAAAGACACUGUAAAAUUUAAUUCUGCCUCUCUUGCAGCAUUGCUUCUCACAACUAUUACCUGUAUCUGAAACAAAUCUAGACUCCAGCUGCUACAUAGAGCAUAGAAGAUGCUCUCCUGGGACCUCAGUACCUGCCUUCCUGCCUGGUUCCUCUGAAUCAAUCCCCUUCCUCUUCACGUAAUCUAGAAGAAUGUGGAUAAUCUUAGGCGUGAAUGUAAAUGCCUUAACCUUGAAGGUCCUGAUUAGAAGCAUGAUAUAAGACAUCCACUGGAUUCAUAGUUACAAAUAUCCUGGAAUGUUAUAGCUUCAAAAUGUGUUAGAAAAACCCCAAAGAUGGUAUGAUAUUUUAAGUGUGCACGUUUAUUCAUUUCUGCAUCUUUCCUCCACACUCRCCUUUGUGUCUUAAGUGUCUCACUAUGCACACGUCCGUUCAUCUUCAGUUUCACCCUGUCAUUACAAGAAACUUCCUGAAGUAAUCAUUGGAAUAUUUGCAUUUUGCACAAUGACUGGUGUGAUAGCUCUUGACAAAUAAGGAAAGCACUGAAAUAUUGUGAUUGGGCCUGGGGAAAUGCUCAGAUUGAUGUAUUAACAGCAUUUCUUCUGUGCCUUUGAUGUUGAGCUGUAGUCUUGUAGCCAUAAUGAGCAAAUUGACUAAGAGAAACAAAGGUUUCUCGGGGUUAUUAACCAGUAGUGUGGAAAUAUUAUUUUCAUGUGGCCAAGGAAAAGCAAAGACAUUUCUUUCCACUUUGGUUACUUGGUGGCAAAAACAUCAUAUCAGCAUCCUUUGGCUGUUUGUAGGAUCACAUUGUCCUUAUAAUACUGAAAUUUUACAGCUGCUGUAAAUUUUUUAUAAAUGAAUAUCAAAGUACUAUAAUAGGAAUCUAGUUGUUUUUCUACAUCUUCAUUAUUUGGACUUAAAGUCAGUUUUUAAUAAGAAAAUUUAUCUUUACUCUUUAUGACAUUAUGACUCCAGGAAAGGAAAAGAGUGCUGCUGUAAGUUCAUGGCGGCAGGGAUCUGGACUCGGAGCCCCGGAGGAAAGGCUGCCAAGAAUACAGCAGUGGCGUCCUGCUCUCUGCCAGCUGUCUCUGCCACCCAGAGUCCAGGGGUCCAGAGAGGGGCAGGAGAGUCUUACUCGUUGAUAGAAAUGAUCAUCCAUAGUUUGGGAGCAGAAACAAAGGAAUUUAUAAUUAACAGAUUUCUGAUUAUUUUAACUACUUGGAUCUAAUUGAAGUAGGUUUAUCGUUAGGAAUGGUAAACAUGGAUACCCAGCCACUCAUUCCGCACUGGGAUCUUUUUAAUCAAACUCUGCCUCUUAACCAAGAACCUAAAGAGUCCCUCUUUCUAAUCUUUGCUCCUUAUCCCCACACCCCAUCCUCUUUUCAGUCUUCAUAAUUCCUCUAAGAAAAAGAUCUUUGCAUCAGCAGUAAUAUCUUUUAGAAUAGCACUAUCAGAAUUUAGUAGUAAACCAACAUGUAGGCUUCAGAUUUACUUCUGAGUCCAAAACAAUUUGUGCUCUCCAGAGCAGUUGACUCUGGGUUAAAUAAGUACAGGGUAUAGAUUCCCUCUUCAGGUCUAAACAGGAAUUUUUACGCUAGGGAAAGUGGGAAGAGCUCAAAAGUAGUUAAUAAGGAAGGUAAUUUGUUUUUCUUUUUCCUAAAAGAAAAGAAAAUUCCUUCUGUGACUACAGAUCUCUGAGAAAUUAUCUUUCAAAAGAGAUUUCGUUGCUCAUCAGAGUGUUGUGGCCUAUUGAUAAAAAAUAACAAUUUUGUUCACUUUCUUGUCUUGAAAAAAAGUGGCCUUAGCUUUUUGCAAUACUUGAAUAAAGUGUGUACUCGCAAAAGAAUUUCUGUAGCACAGCGUUAGAGACUCAUAACUUUUCUGCAAGAAAUUCAAACUUACAUCUUCCUUUUACUACCUUAAAAAURCUAGUGAAUAAAACAUUAAUUCAAAGAGCAAGCGAUAGAAACUACAAUGAUGUUUAAUGCAAAUUGUAGGAAUUUACAUGUUUACAAACCAUCUUAAACUGGUUGUGCAGCAAUUCAAUAAAAUAUCUUUGUAUUAUAAAAAUGUGAAGAAAAAAUGUAAACUGAUGUAAAGGAGGUACUGUCAUUUUAAUUAACCUAUGUUUAAUAGCUUUUCCUUCUGGACUUUGCAAAGCCUUCUUGGUAAACACAUUGCAAAGCAUYUUCUGGGAGGCUUGGCCUCCUUGUGUGUACUGUACUGUGCAGACAUGAAAAAUAAACCCGUUUACUGUGUACGUGUAAAUCGCCUGUCAUCAGGCAUUUCCAGCCAAUAGUCACAUCCAGUGCAGCUCUGCACAGAAGACUUGGGGUGUGGUUUGUAAGUAUGACCUGUAAAAUAACUGGGACAAAUUCCCAUGUAAACCUGUGUAAAUAGAUUUGUUAACUAAAAUGUACUUUAAGAAAAGAAAAUCUGUAAAUAAACUGAUUUAUAAGUUA